GGCGAACUGCGGCAAAUGAACGUUAUUAAUAUGUCAGAUCCACUACCGUUGCCACAGAAGAAAUUUUAUAGACAACGGGCCCAUUCGAAUCCCAUAGCGGAUCACUGCAUUGAAUAUCCUGUAAAACCUGACUUGAUGAAUUGGAGGUCAUUAUAUCCGUAUUACUUUAUGAACAGUCAAACAGUAUCCGAAGGAAAACUUAUACAACAAAAAUUUGUGGAGUUUGUGGAUGUUGGUUGUGGCUAUGGAGGGCUACUGGUUACACUGUCACCAAUGUUCCCUGAUAAUCUGAUCCUUGGUAUGGAAAUCAGGGUAAAAGUUUCCGACUAUGUCAUGGAUCGUAUAGCAGCGCUAAGAUCACAAAAUCCUGGACAGUAUCAGAACAUUUCGUGCUUAAGGACGAAUGCAAUGAAAUAUUUACCAAAUUAUUUUCACAAAGGGCAGCUGAAGAAGAUGUUUUUCCUAUAUCCUGAUCCACAUUUCAAGAGGUCUAAGCACAAAUGGAGAAUUAUUAAUAAGACACUUCUGGCAGAAUAUGCCUAUGUGUUAGCUGAAGAAGCUGUUAUAUAUACAAUGACAGAUGUUAAAGAUCUACAUGAAUGGAUAGUACAGCACUUUCAUGAGCACCCUUUAUUUGAUGAUGUUCCUAAAGAAGAAUUGGAUGCAGAUCCAAUUGUAGAAAAACUGUAUGAAAGUACCGAAGAGGGCCAAAAAGUAACAAGAAACAAAGGUGAUAAGUUCUUGGCUGUGUUUAAACGAAUUUCAGAUCCAUAUAAGAAAGAAAUCAGUUAAUAUUUAGUACUUACAAUAGCAUGUAUGUGUAAAUAAAAU